CUUCGUUCUCCCCUAAAAAAAACACUUCGUUCCGGUGCACGGCGUAUGCACAUGGCGGUUCCGGCUGACCAAGUUAGCAGCAAGCACUUCGUUCUGGUGCACGGCGUAUGCGUCGGCGGCUGGGCCUGGUUCAAGGUCGCGACGUGGCUCAGGUCGGCUGGGCACCGCGUCAGCACGCCUGACCUGGCGGCGUCGGGCGUGGACCCCAGGCCGCUGCGGGAGGUGCCGACGUUCCGCCAGUACAGCAAGCCGCUGCUGGACCUCAUGGGGUCCCUCCCGCCCGGGGAGAAGGUGGUGCUCGUCGGCCACAGCCUCGGCGGCGUGACCAUCGCCCUCGCCUGCGAGCUGUUCCCGGAAAAGGUCGCCGCUGUGGUGUUCGUCUCCGCCUUCAUGCCGGACCACAGGUCGCCGCCGUCGUACGUGCUUGAAAAGAUACACACCAUGAUCGACUUCCUCGAAUCUCGGAGAAUGGACUGGAUGGACAUGGAGUUUAAGCCUCAAGAUCCUGAGGGCAAGCUCCCUACUUCCAUGCGGUUCGGGCCGCUGGUCACCCGAGCAAAGUUCUUCCAGCUGUGCUCGCCGGAGGACCUGACGCUGGGAAGAUCCCUGAUGAGGGUCGGCUCGAUGUUCGUGGACGACCUGAAACUGCAGCCACCGUACACGGAGGCUCGCUACGGGUCUGUGCGCAAGGUGUUCAUCGUCCUCAAGGACGACAACGCCUUCUUCGAGGGGUUCCAGCGGUGGAUGGUGCAGAACUACCCCGUGGACGAGGUCAGGGAAAUCCACGGCGCGGACCACAUGGCGUUGCUCUCGACGCCGGACGAGCUGGCGCGCUGCCUCGCCGACAUCGCCGGCAAGUAUGCUGCUCGCAUUGACGAUGGUGUGGCGCCCGUUCCUCGUUGCCGGUAUUAAUUAUUCGAAAACACUAACGCC